UGGUUCCCACCCAAACAAAAAAGCUCCGAUGGAGAUUUCUACCCUCAGAAACAGCUCUGUUUCCGGCCAGCUAAUCAACGUCAGUUAGCUGUGAUUGUUAUUAAAAAAAAAAUCUAGCUUCUGUUAGCUCGGCUACUAUCGCUUUCUGUGACGUCACUGUAACUAACUUGGCUGCUUUGUAAUUUCACCCCAUUGCGCAACAGUCAGUAACUAGCUAUAGCUGCUGCUUUUCAGUCUCCAAACAGCAGCUCUGGAGAGAUGACAAGCGGUUUGUCGGUCACCUGCGGCUCUACUUCCAAACAGGUCUGACAGCCCUGGCUCGGAUCGGAUCGGUUCGGCUUGGCAUGUCACCGAGGAUUUGUUGAGUCAAGCUAGCUACGAGUUACCAUGAGUGCGAUGCGCGUGGACGCCAAAGUGGUGAUGCUGGGAAAGGAGAGCGUGGGGAAGACCAGCCUGGUGGAGAGAUACGUUCAUCAUCGCUUCUUGGUCGGCCCGUACCAGAAUACUAUCGGUGCUGCUUUCGUUGCCAAACCAAUCCAGGUGGGAGAGAAAGUGAUCACUCUGGGAAUAUGGGACACGGCUGGAUCAGAGCGCUACGAAGCCAUGAGCAGAAUCUACUACAGAGGAGCCCGGGCUGCCAUAGUCUGCUACGAUAUGACCGACACCAGCAGCUUCCAGCGAGCUCGGUUCUGGGUGAAGGAGCUGCAGAACUGCGAGGAACACUGUAAGAUCUACCUGUGUGGCACGAAGAGCGACCUGAUUGAGGGAGAUCGAAGCCUGCGGCAAAUCGACUACCACGAUGCUCAGGACUUUGCUGACGAGAUCGGUGCGCUGUUAUUUGAGACCUCCAGUAAAACAGGAAACAACGUGGACGAGUUGUUCCAGAAAAUUGCUGAUGAUUACAACACUACUGCCUUCCAGUAUAUGACACCAGAGGAGACGGGAGUGGACUUGGGCCAGAAGAAAGACUCGUAUUUCUACUCCUGUUGCCAUAAUAACUGAUGCCGGGGCAGCAGGAAGGGGAACAGAAGUGCUGACCUUCCUUUGGCUGGAGGAAAAACGUCGCUAAGAUGGAUGGAUGGAAGAAGUCACAGAAGGAGGAAGAAAAGAAAAACAAAAAAAAUCAAGCAGUUCUGUUAAAAACUUAUGUUCAUUUCUUUUGUGCCAUAAAGAACUGACGGCUUUAAGACUUUAUGGAAGAGGAUCUACUGCAGCUGUUACUGGGUGGGAUAGAGGGAUUCAAACAAACACUUCCUCAUUUCCAUUUUCUUCUGCAGCUUCUUGACCGUGGAAGUAAACGUGUCUCUAAAGCGGUGGCGUUUAUCAAUCUGCAGUUAAAAAGAUGGAUCCCACUGAACACACACUAGCAGAGAAAACUUGAUUAAUUGAGCGAGAAGUGCAGCGCGUCAGGAGGGUGAAGGGUUUGUUUACAGCAGUUCAUUUUUGUUUACCUGUUUAAACCUGUCUGUCAGUCAUCGUCGAUGAAGCCGACAAAUGGAGUGAAGCCAAAUCGGCUACAAAAAAAACUUACUUAAAAUUAAUUUAUUUUUGCAAAUCUGGUACAACUCAUGAAUGAAUUGAUCCCAAUGAGCCUUAUAAAGGCAUUAAUACCCCGCAGUAGAUGUAUCAAGAGAGCUGGAUGGGGCGCUACCACGCUGCCGCUGGUCAUGUGUGGUACUGCAAUAUUUUUUAUUUGUGAAUAUCGUUUUUUGGCUUAUGUGCUGGGUGAGUGACUUUCCUUCAAAUGAAUCCAGUUCUUAUAAUACAUCCAUACAUAAGACAGCACGCACCAAACCUCUCUGUACGUUUGCAGCAUCAGCUAAGAGUUCGAUUUAAAAGCGACUAUAACAACAUCUCUAAUUCAAUUGCAUGGCCUGAGCUCACUGAAAGACAAUGAUAAAAGGACAGUUACUCUUUCUACAUUGAAGGUCUAAAUGAUCCAUUUUACCAUUUCAAAUGCAAAGUACACAUGUGGAAAUGUGACUUGUCAACUUUUUCUUUCAGUGAAAUGUUCCUUCGAAGCUCCGAAAGGUUUUUAAGAAACACUGAUCAAAGUUCCCUUCCUCUGUGGUGAGAAACAGCAUAUUUCACCAACACAGGAGAAACACACACUCUCUGUGGGUGAAUGUUGUAACGCGGCUCAAACUGUCAUCUCAAUGUCCUCGGAACAAUAGUUACAGCUGCAUUUAACUCUAAUUUAUUGCCUUUUAAGUUGUGCUGCCAGGAAGACGUGGGGAAAUAAAUUGACACAAUACGAGUUUCCUCCAUGUUGCUGCUUUGAUGUGUUGACGUUUCACGUGUUGAUAUUUUGAUGCACAAUAUUUUAUAUUGAGGGCUGUUUAGGACAGACCGGUGUAAAGUACGAAUAUGUUGUGUAAGAUUAAAAGCUUGUUAAAAUGUUUAAAAAGCGCUGAAAGAUUUUAAAGGGAUCGAGCCACACGUUUGUUUGCCUUUGUGUGUAAUAUCUGAGCUUUUUAAGCAUUUGAGUGAAAAAUAAUGGCAAUAUACUGUUUUUAAAAAUCUAAAAAUGUGUUGCAAAUCAUCACCAACCUUAACAUGAAUGCAUCACGGCCUACAGAACUCAAUCUGUGGCGCAAAGAAAACAUUUUUUUUGUAUUCAGUUUCCAGCAGCUUAUUCCACUUACAGAUGAUUUUGCUGGUUUCAAACGUCUCCGUAGUAUCAUCUCACGUCGUACAUCUCCACCCUGAACGAAAACAAACAUCUCCAUAAAAGCUUGUGCCUCAAAAAGGGACGUUACAAUAAGCCAAAUAAAAUCACUUGAAAUCAGCAAAACUGUCACUGGAAUCGACAAAUCGUUGAGCCCAUCACCUGUGCUUUGUAGUGCAAAACAUAACCUGUAUUAUAGUCAUUUAAAAUAUAAACUGUCCUCUGUGGUGCAUUCAGGGACUUUCUAACAUGUCAGAAUUGAUCAUGACCCAAAAAGCACAGAUGAGCUACGCCACUGGAAAUAAAUAAAGAGACAAAGUCUGCAGGUCUUGAAAAGCAUUAAAUUCAGAUCCCUAAAAAAAGGCCUUACAAGGUAUCAAAGUCUGAUAUAUUAUUUUUUUUAAUCGGUUAAUUCAUCCAUCAAUUUGCUUUGCUUAUCUGCAGUGAAUUGAUUAAUUGUAUUACUAUAAAUGUUGGUUAUAUACAGCUAAGAGGUACAGACAAACGAGAUAUUAAUGUUAAAACUUUAUUAUAAAUAAUUGUAGGCCUUACUGUCUCCACUGGUCAUUCUUAUCAUUGAAAAAGAUUAAAUUGCAUUGUGGUCCUUACAUUUGUUUUGUGAAUGCAGAAACCCUGUAUUAAAAAUGAUAAAACAAUACAUCUAGAAACUUAAACUAUGCAUUGGAAAAUGUUAUGAAAUAGGCGAGUUUGGGGUUUUUAAUCAAGGAACAUGUCUGCUCCUAUAAACAAGUGGGAAAAGAGAUCUAAAGAAACUCCUGAAGUGAAACUCACCUCUUUAUUUUGUUAGUGUGAUGUUCAGCUGUGUCAUUCUCAUCCCCUCCACCUUCAUUGUGCUGCAAAAAAUAAAAAGUCAUUUUCAGUAUUUAAAGUUUAAAUCAAGUAGAAAAACGAAAAAACUUACUUCCUGACUUGAACCCGAUCACUACAAAAGCUGAUUUACACCGGAGACCUCGUUUACAACGUUCCUGCCGUUAAUAAAUGCUGAUUCAUUAUUUAUUAAAGAUGCCAUUAUUUUUGCAGCGGUGUUUACUGUGAAUGUAUUGCAACAUGUUUACACUCUUGUACAGCCUGGCCUGUGAUUCAUCUUCUUUGUAAAACUUAAUUUAAAUCUUCAAAUCCAUCGACACCAGAGUUUCUUCAUCGGUUUCCACUUUAUCUCUGGUAAUUUGAUAACUUUUGUUUUUUUUAACUCACCUGUGGCUCACCUACACAGAUUCUUCUUUCAGCUGAUUAGACCUCUCUGGCUUCCCCUUCCUGGCUGAAUCCAAAAGAUAUGUCUCUGACAACACCUACAAAAUGUGCAAAGUGAAAAAUAAAGUUUACCUCGGCAUCUCCAUCUCCUGUUUGAUUGUCAGAUAUCUGGCAUUGUUCACUCCGACUGCCGUUUCCCUCCGUUACAGAAACAAUUAACCAGAGUUGAGUUGGCAAAGCACAGGUGUUCCUAAUAACACUAAUGACAGCUUUGUUCUAUUCAAGUGCCCCAGUAAGUCAUGACAGAGAGCCAACAUGCAGAAGAACCUGCAGCUAAAAGGCCUAUUUUACUCAUUUGCUACCUUUAGCUAAAUCAUGGAUGUAUUGAGAGUUUCUUCUCUGUCUGGUCAUUUGUCCCAUGUGACCACUCACAGUACUGCAACGGUAGACCAAAAAGCAUUUCCCCCCACAGACCACCAUCAUAAAAGAGACUGUGAAACACUUCAAACAGUAAAUAUAUGGUCAAUUAUUACCGUUUGUGUUAUGACUAUUUAAUCCAGUGAGGGUGAUUUGUCACUCUGACAAGGGCUUGUGUGAGCUGUUGUGGUUGAUCUUAUAUGUUUUAAAGCACUUGAGAGGUUACAUGAUCUUCCCGGAACGCUGAAUUGUGAUUCAUUCAUUAAAUUGUGAUAUAAUUUAAUUAAUAACGA